AUGACGCUCGCCGGAUUCUGCAAAACCGCCGUCAAAUCCUCUGCGGUGAUCUCUUGGAAGCCCACCGGAAAGUUGCAGCAAACAGUAGCGAACUGUAUUGAGAGAACUGGGGUAGGACUACAUUCCGGCAAGCUUUCGACAGUAAGGAUAUGGCCGGAACUCGCCGGAGAAGGAAGAUACUUUGAUUUUAACUCGAAAAUCAUCUGCGCCACGAUAGAUAAUGUAAAAGAGACGCCUCUGUGCACUACUCUUUGUAAGGAGGGGUAUAGCGUGAGGACUGUUGAGCAUUUGCUCUCUGCUUUGGAGGGUAUUGGUGUUGACAACUGCCGCAUUGAAAUUCAGAGCUGUGAUCCUGAUGAUGCAUCUGUUGAGGUUCCUCUUUUUGAUGGUUCUGCAAAAGAAUGGGUUGAUGGAAUUCAGGAAGUAGGGCUGAAGGCAGCUGUAGAUCAUGAUGGUAAAAGCCUCGAAAAGUUGGCUCCUUUCCUUAAUGAACCUGUUUGUGUGUCGAAGAAUGAUUCUCAUAUAAUCGCCUUUCCUUACCCGAAGACUAAGAUUCGAUACGGAAUUCACUUUCCGAAGGUACCUGCUAUUGGUCAUCAAUGGUUUUAUUCUGGGUUUGGAAAUGAAAACGGCUAUGCCAAGGAGAUUGCACCUUCCAGAACUUUUUGCAUCUAUGAACAGGUUGAAAAAUUGCGUGAUGCAGGGCUUAUUGGGGGAGGGUCUGCAGAAAAUGCAAUUGUUUGUAGUGAAACUAGAGGAUGGCUGAACCCGCCUUUACGCUUCGAUAAUGAACCAUGCAGACACAAGGUGUUAGAUUUUAUUGGUGAUGUCUCUCUUCUUGCUCGGGCUGGUAGUCAAGGGAUACCCGUGGCUGAUAUAAUUGCAUAUAAGGCAUCACCACAGUUCUCUAUGGUUAGAGUUGGCCGUAUCUUCCAAUGUGGUUUCUUGCUGGUCUUUCUACGUUUAGCAACACAAGUUCAGCCUUGUGCUUCCACCAAAGAGGCAACAGCCGAAGGCGAGCUUUUGGCAAGCAGGCAAGCUUUUGGGAAGUACAAUUGGCAGAUACUGUUUUCAGAAUAG